GAAGCAAAAAAGUUUUGUGUGAAGAUUUAUUCAUGUUUUAUCCAGUUUAAUCAAUUGUGUGUCUAUUGACAGUAGAAAAACUUCGAAAAAUAAUUGUAAAAUGAUCACAAAAGUCUGUGUUUCAUGUGCAAUAUCUGAAAUGAUUUAGAUAAUUUAAGAAAAAAGCUGAAAUAUUAAAAGUCUAUCGAAAUAAAAAAAAGUGAAUCAUAAGCAAAAAAUUUUUGAAACUAAAAUUUAUUAAAUAGAUUUGAUUAUAAACAAAUUCGAAAAUGCCGCCACCUCAUCGAUAUAUGAACAAUAAUUUCACUUAUGUUAGUUCUUGCACAAAAUAUUUAAUAUUUCUUCUAAAUUUCAUGUUUUGGCUGUUUGGUGGCCUUCUCAUAGGCAUUGGUUUGUAUAGUGGAUUAGAUAAGUUUCAAGCUACUGGAUUGAUCAAGUUAGACACAUAUUACGACAUUCUUCUCAAUAUCUCAAUUGUGAUGGUUUUGUCUGGAGGAAUCGUAUUUAUUGUUUCUUUUUGUGGGUGUUUGGGUGCCCUUCGCGAGAAUACUUGUCUCCUGAAGUUUUACUCUCUUUGUCUACUCAUCUUCUUCCUAUGUGAAAUGGCCGUUGCUAUAAUUGCGUUCAUUUUCCCUCACACAAUGAACCCAGUUCUUGAAGAUUCGUUCACUGAGCGAAUCAUAACAUUAUACCGUGACGACCCUGACCUUCAAAACUUCAUUGAUUUCGUCCAACAAGAGUUCAACUGUUGUGGACUCUCAGGUGGAGGCUUCUUGGACUGGAGCAAGAACGAAUAUUUCAAUUGCUCAUCACCUUCCGUCGAACGAUGCGGUGUACCUUACAGUUGCUGCAUCAACUCAACUGAUAUCUCAUCUGGUCUCAUUAAUAUCAUGUGUGGUUAUGGAGUUCAAUCUCAAUCAGUUUCAUCAGCUUCAAAGAAAAUUUGGACCUCAGGUUGUAUAGAAGUAGUUCGCGUUUGGGCUGAACGGAAACUUUACGUAUUUGCUGGUGUAGCUUUGAGUUGUAGCUUCUUUCAACUUCUUAUCAUUUAUCUUGCCAAAACACUUGAAGGACAAAUUGAAUUGCAAAAAUCGCGUUGGAGUAGCUCUUGAGUUUAUAGGAGAUCCGGUCAUUGUCACUUCUUGUAGUCGUUUCUCUUUUUAUUUCUUUAAUUUUUCUUGGAAAAAAAGCUCAAAAUCACUGUGAACUUUCAGAAUUUGCCAUGAUAAUUAUUGCAAUUUCACUUCGACUUGAAGCUCAAAUAUUUUCAAAAAAAAAGCGAAGAAAAUAAAUAACAACGUUUGACAAGUGUGACAAAAGAUAAACAAAAUUUUAAUGUGAAAACAUUUUUCACAAUUAGAUAAUUUUGAGUAAGAUUUCCAAAACAAAAAGUCCGACUACGUUACCCCCGAAUGUUUAGAUUGGUAAAUUUUGUGUAUGUUGAAAUUCAACAUAAAAAUUAGCUAACUUGUAAGAACUUAUGAUAAAAAAAGAAGAAAAAUUAAUCAAUUAAGAUAUUUUAUACACUUUCUCUAUAAUCUAAAUGCUUUAAUAAUCUCAGUUUAUCCAUCAUUUACCAAUCUCAUAAAAAAGAGUUGUGAAAAAGAAAUUAUUUUAAAAAUGCCCAAAUUAAGUUAGCGUUACGAGAAUACUGACGAUGAGAAAUAAUCAGAAUACGCAAUAAUUUUGAUAUCUGAGAUAACUUUUACUCCACUCUAUUUCGUUGCUUUUCUUUUCAUUUCCUUCUCUCUUCAAGGUCCAAUAAAUUUUGAUUUUGAUUACAUUCAACGCAUGAAUAAAAAAGACAUUUUUGCUUUCAUUUUGCUUUUAAAUAAUCUAAACAUUUUACCGAAAUUUAGUGAUAAUGAAAUCCAAUUUGAUGUAAUUUAAUCUACAUGUAUCUAUGAUGAUUCAAAAAGAUUGAUUAGAAUUAAAUCAAUAAAGUGAAAGAUUUAAAGAAUUCAA